AUGCUGCCCGCAUCUGCCGACGACGCAGUCCUGUCAAGGUUGGAGUUCCCCAACACCAUCACCAAACAAUUGGCCACGUUCUCCGCAAUGCAGAAGAGUACCGUAAUCAGAAAUACUACGGCAGGAAGCUAUGAACCGUACGAUUCUUUGGUUGACGCCUGUGUCUCCCGUGUAAGGGACGCCAUGACAAGUAACCGAAACCCACUCGUCAAUUCGGCUUCUGUUGGUCGUACAACAAAGCUGGAGCGGAACACCAAAAAGCAUAUUCCCGGAGGUCGCGCAGUCUUAGAGAGCGAUGAUGAUGACGAUGAUAGCGACAUUGUUGAAAUGGAAAACGUGGAAGCUGGCGACGAUGUACUGGGCUGGGAAAGCACCGAUUCUCCAGCGGCACCUGAAGAAGCUCUUGUCUCGUUCCGCACAGAUUUAGUUCCUUUCGAGACUCCUGCUGUACCUCUACCGGCGUUUCCAAUAGCACCUACUCGCCCGGCACCGAAGGCACAUACACAUGCUUCCAAUCUUGACUCCCAAUUUGAAAUUGAAUUGAACAAAUCUGCUGUGCUCGUUGACCUUCAAGAGAAGUAUAUUCAUCGACGCUUGGCGAGUGCCCAUAGCAGUGGCGACACUGCCGCUUCGGCCACUCAAGAUGCUCUGACCAUUCUAAUGGAGAUGCUCCAAGAAUGCGCCACUCAAAUGCAGCAACAGAAUGAGGAAGGUUCAGGUAUCUUAACCUGACCCUCCUUCCAUGAUACCCAAUUGCUGGUAUUCUGAUAUCUAAUUUUGAGGUGACGAUAUCCUCCCCAUCCCUAGCGCGGCGACUGCUUGGUGAUCAACCAAAAAAGAGGGACAAGCCGACCUCAAUGGACUAACAACGGGUCCAGCGUCGUCAGGUUAAAAGUCAUAGUAUCAGCUGGUGGGGGUGCACACUAUUCUUCACCGAUUGGGUAUGCCGUGCCGUGUUUAUGAAGAUUUCUUUAUUGAUAGAAGCAAUAAAGGGACAUCAUUAUGAGAUCUCGU